AUGGCGAAAUACAUUCUCUCAGCUGACCCCCAAGCUGGCUUGCCAAUUACCGACGGUCCACUCAAGAUCCUUUUCCUCCAAUUCGCCGAUGACUCUGCAUCAUUUGCAACAUCGUUCAGACAGCAACGUUUCAUCAACAGCUGCAUUGACCUCUUUUGUAAAGCAACGUCAUCAAAGGUCAAUGAGGACAAGUCAUCAGUCAUUCUCAUCGAACCAGACGACAACGGAUCAAAAGUAACCAUAUUAGACCAACAAAACAGAGACACGUCUUAUUUUAUUGUAGGUAUAGAAAGAUACUUGGGCCUCAACUUUUCGAAAGAUGGGCUGUCCUCGAAACUAGAAGAUAUCGUAAAUGGUGCAAAGGUGAAACUGAUCAAAUGGAAAAAGGACUCAAUCACACUAGAGGCAAAGGUCAAUAUUCUCAAAUCCUAUACUUUAAUCCAUAAAACUUGGCAAUCGAAAGAGCAGUGCUCCAUCCUACAGGUGGAUGCCACGAAAUGCGAUGCUUAA